AUGCCUGCUCCGUUAGCUAAAGGCCUUGUGAUCACUGUUACCAUCCUCCUUGCCGCUGGUUAUGCGGUAUACGAAAACCCACAAGUGAAACAAUGGGUUCGAAAUUCCCGACGGAGGAUUGCAAUAGCCCUGCACAAUCUUGGGGAUGAGAUUAAUCCUCAAGAACGUUCCACCGACCGCAGGCCGGCGGAGGACAUAUCUAUGAGUGAAGAACUGAGCGACGAAGCUGAGGCUAGACGUCAGAAAGCCCGGUCUGAAAUCUCGCGACGAGCGUCGGUCCUUGAAGCAAGAAAAAAUAAGUCUGCUUCAGGUUCGGUUGGCAGCUUUGAUAAUCUUGUGGACAAAGACGGGCGGCUCAAAGCGCCAUCCAAGCAUUGUCAACAGCCAUUGCUCAAGGAGGGCGAGUCGCAAGCACAAGCCUCAGGUGUCCAAGUUACAAAUUCGGAUACAGUUCAUCUGCGGCCUGCAGUGUUCUCUGAUCUGUCCAAUUCGAUAUCCGAGAUGGCUCCUGGGAAGGCUUUGGCUGAAUAUCGCCAGACAUUACUUAAAGCUAUAGAUAGACCUCCCGACUCAGAGACUUCCUCUCACCAUCCUUCGGAGUCUUUAGUUGAUCUUACCCCGACCUCGGAAGCUCCAGGCAUGGACUUUGCUUGGUCCGCACACAGCGAGAUACAGGGCCACGGCCAGAGCCAGCAAGAAGACCCCACUUCACAAUCUAGCUAUUUCUCACUCGCCUCAUCACAGAAUACAGGGGAUGGCGAGCCGGACUUCUACUACGCCCGCCCCCCUCAACCUGAUCAAAAUAUCACAGCAAUGCAGCUUCCGCAAUACGAGAGCGAAAAUCCAUUCGUGGACCAGCAGGAAAGCCAUACUAUUCAAUCAGUCUCCUCAACGCCCUCAGUCGCGUCAAGCCUUAGUCAUAUCCAAAAUGAUCCCUUGGAGUCAAUGUCCGAUAGGACGCUGAGUGAUUUAGAAUCCAUCCAUGAUGAUAUACACACACCAGCGAGCUGGUCUGAAGUUGGCAGUGUGGUCAGUAGCAAUGACGGCAAUAAUCACCAGUGA